AUGAGCUUGGCCGCUGGCAACAAUUUCGACGAUCUCACCUCGGGCGAUCUAUACGCCGUGUAUUCACAGAGGCCACAGAGCACUGCAUACGCUGGACUACCUGUAAUCGCUGGUCAAAAUUACAAUGAUCGUUUCAGUGAGGAGUGGAGUGAGCUUGCCUCUGAUUAUACCGCAGAGCUGCCUACACUGCGCUCACUGCUUCCAGAGGAGCUAAACGGCGAGCCUGUUGAGCAUGACUACCAGGACCAAGAUUUCAAAGACGACUCAAGCGCCGGCUACGAUGAUGACCAGGACCAGGACCAGGAUCAGGAUCAAGACCAGGACGAUGACUAUGAAGCAGAAUACGAGCCUGACGAUGGCUGGUAUUCACAUCACGCCGACAAUCCAUCCGCUUUGUCGAUUUCCCAGGAUAACGACGCAAACAACGCAAACGGCGCAAACAACACCGAUACAAUAAACGAUACAGGCACAGAUGAAGAGCCGCUAUACGUGAAUGCAAAGCAGUACCAUAGAAUUCUAAAAAGGAGGCAAAUCAGACAGCGUCUCGAGGAGUUGAAUAGAAUUUCCAAGGAAAGGAAGCCAUACCUCCACGAAUCUAGGCAUAGACACGCUAAGAGACGCCCUAGAGGUGCUGGUGGCAGAUUCCUCACUGCCAAUGAAGUCGAAGAACUCAACAAAAAACACGCAGACGAAUAA